CCUGCCAUCUCUCUUUCCCUCUUCUUCUUCUUCUUCUCGUCUUGCUUCGCUCUCCCUGUCCGAGCUUCUCCUCCGCUCUUCUUGCACUAGUGUUUCAUUUCUAGGGAUUCCUCGAUUCGACCACUAAUUCUUCUCUCCAAUCAAAGAAAAUUUAAUUCCUUUUUGUUUCUUCUUGUCUGAUUCUGGAUUGUUGGGAGUUGAAGAUGAGAAAAAAGGAAGCCUAGUUCUUGCUUUCUUUGAUUCUAUAUUCACUUAAAUCUCCCACUUUUUUUUUUCCUUCAAUUCGAGUGAUGUGGGAAUCCGAGGGGCUUGUCGACGCACCAUCGGUUCCCAGCAUUGAAGCUCUGGUUUUUCAUGCUUGUUUUCCAUUCGAAACCACUAGAUAUACACAAAAGAUCGGUUUUUUCUCUUUCCUUUGAAAAUUUCGAUCUUAAAAGUUGUUUUGGAUCGAUAGUUCUCACUUUCAGAGGUUUAAAUCUCUCCUCGUAUUCUUCAAAACCUUGGAUUGAUUUCCUUCUUCUUUUGUGUAUAAAGCUUCGAUCUUUGGUUUGGGAUUGAUGGCGGAUUCGGACAACGAGUCUGGAGGGACGAACGCUGUAGGAAACAGCGAGUUCUCAUCGCCGAGAGAGCAGGACAGGUUCCUGCCAAUCGCCAACGUGAGCAGAAUUAUGAAGAAGGCCUUGCCGGCGAACGCCAAGAUCUCCAAAGACGCCAAGGAGACGGUCCAGGAAUGCGUCUCAGAGUUCAUAAGCUUCAUCACCGGCGAGGCCUCUGACAAGUGCCAGCGCGAGAAGCGCAAGACCAUCAAUGGCGAUGACCUCCUCUGGGCAAUGACCACACUUGGUUUUGAAGAGUACGUGGAGCCUCUCAAGGUUUAUCUUCAAAAGUUCAGAGAGAUGGAAGGUGAGAAGGGAACUCCUUCUUCACAGUCUCAGCAAAAGGAUGGUUCUAGUACUACUAGUGGUGGUGGUGGUGGGAAUGGUAGUGGCUCAGUGACAGUGAGCAUGGGAAACAAUGUAGCUUCUUAUGGUGGUGCUGGUGGUAUGUAUGGUGGUGCUGGUGGUGGGAUGAUGAUGAUGGGUCAUCAAAUGUAUGGUUCUUCACCAUCUUCUUCAUCUUCAUAUCAGCAUCACCAAUUGGGUUUGGGUGGAAAGAACUCCAUUGCUGGUGGUGGUGGUGGUGGUGGUGCUGGGAAUUCAGGUUCUUCAGGUGGUAUUGGAAGGCAAGGCAGAGUAUAGUAUACAUAAAGUGUGUUACAGUGUUAGUGUGAAGUUAUUCAGAGAUUUGGUGUUGUUUUAUGAAUGAAUGAAUGAAUGUGUUAUAAUAUAAUAGACUUUGUUCUACAUAGAAGGAAUUAGUUUGAUAUAGAGAGGACAUUGGAAUCUUGGGAUGGAUGAUGUGUAACAUAGUGUAGACUGUAGAGGUUGUAUUGAUUAAGGAAUAUAUGAAUGAAUGAUGUUUUGAUUUAUC